AUGUUUUAAUCAAAGAUGAUAGAAUUAGAGGAAUAAUUCAAAUGCAGCAAAAAUCAUAAUUAACCUAUCCUGAUGGUUUUAUUAGAUAAAUAAUUAAAGAGAGAGGAACGUUUAUUAUGCACUAUUUGCAUGGAAAAUUUAGAAGAGGAGACCAAAAUGAUUGGAUUUAAAAAAGUACUUAAAAUGAUUUAAGAAAACUAAAAAUAUAAAGUAGAAAAUUUAUAAAGGUUAAUUAAAGUUGAUGUAGAUUUAGUAGAAUAAUUUGUGAAUGAACUACAUAAAUUAAAGUCAAAAAUGAUAUUAUAAUUUGAUGAAUUAAUAACUAAUUCAACAUAGUGGAUACUCAGUCUUAAUAGUAUUGGAUAAAGUGAAUCAAUAUAUAGUUUCUUCAAUGAAUUAGAUAGAAUAACUUAUAGUAAAAUGAAGAACUUAUUUAAUUAAGAUGGUCUUAUAUCAAUUGAAUUAGUAAUGAUGAAAUUCGAGUUAAAUAAUCUAGAAAAUCAAAUUUAGUUAUUUAGUUACCUUUCGCAUUAUCAAGUUAUUUUAAUGUCAUAACCAUAAAGAUAUAACCAUUCUUAAAUUUAGGUAUCCCUAUCAUUACUACUAAUAACAAGAAAUCAUUGUCAUUAAAAUAUUUCUUUAAAUAAAUCGAUUUCAAUAAAAUAAUAUUAUUGUGUGCUCUAUUCUCAUAAUAGUUAAUUGUUAAUUUAGAAUUUCCUUAUAUCAUCCUAUAGAAGCGUGCACAAAGAAAAUAAAUUACAUUUUGUGAAUUAUACAACCAAGGUGUUCCAUCUAAAGAUCAAUAUAGCCGUAUGA